AUGUUGUUAUUUUUAGUUACUCAGUGUCUCAGCUACGAAUUCAUCACAAAUUUAGCCAGCUCAUACCUUGAGUUCUCCAAUGGCAAAGCCGAUUUUAAGCUCGGUUAUGAGCCUCUUUGUGGUUAUUCUUAUUAUCUUAUCUUAUCAAAUCCUGAUGACAAUUUGACACUAAAUUUUGAAAAAGCUAAACAAGUAUACAAAAUUGCUCCAGCUACAUACUAUAGUUUUAGGAGCAGCAAGAAAUAUAAUUUGCAAUAUGAUCUAGUUCUUAUUCCAGAUGAUUGCGAUACUCUUGAAUUCAUAAUUAAUCCACAGAAUAGAGAAGAUUCUAAUUACGAAUUUGCAAGUUCUCAGAAUAGAGAAGAUUCUAAUUACGAAUUUGAAGUUAUGAAUGCGGAACAGUAUGCCAUUCUGGGAGACAUGCACAGGCAAUGUCUCCCGGAAUGA